UUAAAUGUGCGUGGUUUUUGUGUAUAGAGAAGAACCACGUGGUACAGGCCUAAGAUGAGCAAUUAUGCCAUUAUACAUACAUAUUUGUCACUGUCAUCGAAAACGCAACAUAAUUACUUAAAGUCGCAUCUUCUGGACAGUAUUUUCGUGGUGUUUAGAUGAAUUUGAGCUGAGUACAGUGAUUAAAGGAGUCAAUCAACAUGCCAAAUUUGCGUCUUGUCUUGUCCAUAGCUUUGCCAUCAGUCACGGCACUGCUAGGAUUUCUCUAUUUCUUCGGUCGAAAAAAAGACAAGGGGAAAGGGAGAAAGGCUAUCACUUUUGACAAGGUCAAGGACACUUCUCAUGAGGUCAAGGACACUUUCCAAGAGAAAGAAAACAACCAUUGUGAUGUUGAUGAUGAAGAAUGCAAAAGAAUUCAAACACCAGAUGCCACGCAUCGAACUUCUGAUCAGAUUCUGCAAAACCGAGAAAGAGACAAACACGACAAGCAAACAGCCAAUGGUCAAAAACCUGUGAGCAGAGAACAAGAUUUCAUCAAAGAUGAAAUAAACAGUGUGUGCAUAUCAUCUGUCCAAAGACAGCUUGAGUGUUCUCAUUUAGUCAAAGAUGCUAUUCAAGAACUUCCAAGCCAGGCAUCUAACUCAGAGGAUGUAAAUUCGAGUGAACAAACACCUGGGUCGAACGAUAAAAGUAUUUGGAAUACACCUGAGUCUCUGCCUAAAGUAGUGUCACCAUCUAGUUCUAGUUCUAGUUCCAUGUCAUCACCAGAUGAGUCUCCUUGUCCAGAAUCAGGUGUUGUCUCACAGAACGAUGUACCAGUCUCAUCAACAGGAUCUUCAGAUUCUGUACAUACCUCAGACUACACCACUGUAAGUGCUAGUAAGACUCUUGCCUCACCUCGUGAAAGCUCUCAGGAAGGAGUUGGUGCUAAGACUCUCAACCAUGACGAUUCGGUCACUGUGGCAACAGACGUUUUAUCAAAUGACAGAGUGUCUGACCAGAUCUCUGUUUCCAAAGCUGAUCAUAUCCAAACCAGUAAAAGUGAUCCAAUUUCUGCCAGUAAUUCCCACAUAGAAGCCAGCUCAUCUGUGAUUGGUGAACCGUCUAGUUCAUUGGACUGUCUAUCUACAACUGUCAGUGUUGACUCUGUUGAGGUGUCCAGUGAUCACGAUUGCAUUGGUACAGACAUGAACAAGACAAUGGACAGUUCUAUAUCUGUGGACACAGCAUCCUCAGUGCAAUCUCAAGAAAAAGUUGCUAUCAGUUCUAGUGCUGCCAGUUCAACAGGAGCAGACGCGACAUUAGGUGCAGAACGAUUAAUGGAUCAAAAUGGUAGUGCAGCCAUCGCUGGAAGUUCAGAGUCCCCAAGCUGUGAUAGUAAUAGUGAGGCUUCCAAUGAUAGUGGCAGAGGAGGAAGUGUGUCCGAACCAAUGCCACCCCCGAUGAUGACUUCGGACACUGUCAGAUACGAGUUCAACUUUCCGUCAGAGUUAUGUGGUCGUCUGAUCGGCAAAAACGGUCGCAACAUCAACCUGGUGAAGGAAAGGUCUGGGGCAAACAUUGCACUGAAAAACAACCCAUGUACACCAAACUUCCAGAUUUGUGUCAUCGAGGGCAUGCAGUCUGAGAUUGAUAAAGCCCUGGUACAGAUCAGGAAGAAGUUCCCUCGCGGCCAGUUUCCCCAGGUGGACUUCACCCCUCUGACCCAGGUGGUUCAGGACACUCCUAUCCUCAUGCCUGACAUAAUGCAGCUGAACCUUCCAGAGGGUGUGUCAGUGGACAUUGUAGUGUCCAACAUCGUGGAUGCUGGCCACAUCUUUGUGCAGCAGCCAACCCACCCCACGUUCCCGUCCCUUGAGCGGCUGAACCACUUUAUGAUGGCCUGCUAUACCCAGGACCAGAUGGUGCCCCCUCUGCCCAGGCCAAUCGAAGUUGGUGUGAUCUGUGCAGCGUUCAUGGUUGAUGGUUGGUUCCGAGCGCAGGUUGUGAAUGUGACUGAGAAUUCAGAUGAGGUGGACAUCAAAUAUGUGGAUUAUGGAGGUUAUGCCCGGGUGCAAGCAGCGAUGUUGAAGCAGAUCAGGAGUGACUUCAUGACCCUACCAUUCCAGGCUGUCGAGUGCUACAUGGGGAAUGUCACACCUCUUCAAGAGGAGGAAUAUUUCAGUGACCAGGGUAGUACAGUGUUGGAAGAACUGACCCAAGGCAAACUACUUCAAGCUCAAGUCAUUAACCGUGCUGAGGAUGGUAUCCCAUACAUCCAUAUCUACCAGAUCAGUGGAAAUAGGGUGCUGUUUAUUAACAGAGAAAUGGUCAACCGGAAAGCAGUACGCUGGAUUGAGAUCCUGCAGUAGCCAGAGCCAUCAAACCACAGCCUUGGUUGAGACACAACCACCCAAACAAACAAUCAUUAUGACACAAAAACUGACGAUCAAGUGCAACAAAACCCAUACAUGCUGCUGUACAUAGUCAAUUAUCAAUCAGAUUACAUUUACAUUUUAAGUUGUAUUCUAUUUCUAGUCUUGAAGAAAUGAACAAACGCUGACACAGCAGUUAAUGCACUCUCAUUUUGAGCAGUGACCUAUGCGGUGUGAUAUGAGACUUUAUCACCCAGGCAUACUCUUUUUUUAUAUAUUUUGGGGGUUUACGGAUUUGGUGCUAACUAUUUAGCUUAGAAUGAUCAAAAUGUAAUUUGUGCACCUCGUUUUAUUUAGCUCACCUCUGAAAAUGACAAUUUAUGCCAUAGCUUAUUUGUGUGGUAGAAAAUAAAGCUUGGACCAAAGAUAAUGAACCUGUAGGUUUAUUCCCACCAUUCAUGUCACCUGAAUUUCUUGAAAAAGUUUGACUCUGACUUAAAAUAAUGGCCAUUACACCCAUGUUGAAAAAACAUGGGAUUUUUGUUUUACCUGAUAUAUAUGAAGUUGGUUGUGUUCUGGUUUUAUUAAGAAUUUUGACCUUGAUUUCAUCUUUUCACUUUCAUCAUGCCCGUCUUCUGAAAGAGGGGCAGCCUAGUGUUUAAACUGUUUGCUUGUUACUUUGAAGACCCAGGUUUGAUUCCCCACAUGGGUACAAUGUGUGAAGUCCAUUUCUGGUGUCCCCGCCCUGAUAUUGAUGGAAUAUUGCUAAAAGCAGCGUAAAACUAAACUUACUUAACUCACAUAAGGCGCUGAUUAAGUCGACAGAUGUCAUUGUAUCCCAAUUGCGUAGAUCGAUGCCUUUGCUGUUGAUCACUGGAUUGUCUGGUCCAUACUUGAUUAUUUACAGACAGCUGCCAUAUAGCUGGAAUAUUGCUGAGUGAGGCGUAAAACUAAACUCACUCAUCUUCUAAGGUGAAUUGGUAGACUGCUGAAACUGAAAUUUGAUGCACGUUUCUUCUGGUGAUAUCACAUUUUGUUUAAAUCUUGAUUUCUUUCAAAAAUAGCUCUAGAUGUGUUAGGGGCGUCGGGGUAUUCUAGUGGUUAAAGCGUUGGCUCGUCACGCUGAAGACCCGGGUUCGAUUCCCCACAUGGGUGCAGUGUGUUAAGCCCAUUUCUGGUGUCCCCCGCUGUGAUUUUGCUGGAAUGUUGCUAAAAGCGGCGUAAAACUAAGCUCACUCACUCACUCUAGAUAUGUUGAUGAAUACUUCUAGAAUCAAGGUUGUUCAUGACUUCUUAAUCAGGAGACAAAUUCAUUGUCAUAGGCAAUGUUCCAAAGUUAUUUCGAUGUAAAUUCCUUUUCAAAUACAACAUACAUGGUAAUUUUUUGUGUCCUUGAUUCCAUUUUUGCCGGGUUUUUUUUUUUUUAUUUCUUAUGGUUGAAAUAAAAAAAAUAUUCUUUAUCAGUCAUAUUGGCUACAGAGCUUUGCGGCUCUAUUUUGUAUAGUCUGAUCCGUAAACCAAAAAAUGAAAAAAGGGUCCUGCUGAUUGGGUGUGUAGAUUAGAACAAAUUUACUGCGA